AUGGUGACUGGCGGCGGUGCUGCACCUCCCGGGACUGUCAGCGAGCCGCUUCCCAGUGCGAUUGUGCUGAGCGCAGGCCGGAAGAUGGCGGCGGCGGCGGCGGCGGCGUCGGGCGCGGGCCCGGGCUGCUCGUCUUCCGCGGGGGCGACGACGGCAACGGCGGCGGCCGGGGCGCCGGGGGUCUCCGAGUGGCUGGUGCUGCGGGACGGCUGCAUGCGCUGCGACGCCGACGGGCUGCACAGCCUCUCCUACCACCCGGCGCUCAACGCCAUCCUGGCCGUCACCAGCCGCGGGACCAUCAAAGUCAUCGACGGCACGUCGGGGGCCACGUUACAGGCCUCGGCGCUCAGCGCUAAACCAGGUGGACAAGUGAAAUGUCAGUAUAUUUCUGCUGUGGAUAAAGUUAUAUUUGUGGAUGAUUAUGCAGUAGGAUGUCGGAAAGACCUGAAUGGGAUCUUGUUGUUAGACACUGCUCUGCAAACGCCAGUUUCCAAGCAGGACGAUGUGGUUCAGCUUGAGUUGCCGGUUACAGAGGCACAGCAGCUCUUAUCAGCAUGUUUAGAAAAGGUGGAUAUUUCUAGUACGGAGGGUUAUGAUUUGUUCAUCACACAGCUCAAAGAUGGUUUAAAAAAUACUUCUCAUGAAACUGCAGCAAACCACAAAGUUGCAAAGUGGGCCACAGUUACAUUUCAUCUUCCUCAUCAUGUGUUGAAGUCCAUUGCCAGUGCCAUUGUAAAUGAACUGAAGAAAAUAAAUCAAAAUGUUGCUGCCUUACCCGUGGCGUCCUCUGUGAUGGACAGAUUGUCUUACCUCUUACCUAGUGCACGUCCAGAACUUGGAGUGGGGCCAGGCCGUUCUGUAGACAGGUCAUUAAUGUACAGUGAAGCAAGCAGACGGGAGACGUUCACCUCAUGGCCUCAUGUAGGCUAUAGGUGGGCACAGCCAGAUCCCAUGGCUCAAGCUGGAUUUUAUCACCAGCCUGCCUCAUCAGGAGAUGACAGGGCCAUGUGCUUUACUUGCAGUGUAUGUCUUGUUUGUUGGGAACCUACAGAUGAGCCGUGGUCUGAGCACGAGAGACAUUCCCCAAACUGCCCGUUUGUGAAAGGCGAGCACACGCAGAAUGUGCCGUUGUCAGUCACUCUUGCAACAAGUCCCGCACAGUUUCCUUGUACAGACGGAACGGACAGAAUAUCUUGCUUUGGGUCGGGGAGCUGCCCUCAUUUUCUAGCGGCUGCAACUAAACGAGGAAAGAUCUGCAUAUGGGAUGUUUCCAAACUUAUGAAGGUGCACUUAAAAUUUGAAAUCAAUGCCUAUGACCCAGCCAUUGUGCAGCGCCUUAUUCUGUCAGGAGAGCCAAGCUCAGGACUUGACUCUAGGAGACCGACACUGGCAUGGCUGGAGGAUUCUUCCAGCUGCUCAGACAUACCAAAACUGGAAGGAGAUAGUGAUGAUUUGCUGGAGGAUUCAGACAGUGAAGAACAUUCCAGAUCAGAUUCUGUGACAGGGCAUACAUCCCAGAAGGAAGCCAUGGACGUAAGCCUCGAUAUAACAGCACUCAGCAUUCUCCAGCAGCCAGAAAAGCUUCAGUGGGAGAUUGUGGCCAAUGUGCUUGAAGAUACUGUUAAGGAUCUUGAAGAACUUGGGGCAAACCCUUGCUUAACAAACUCUAAGAGUGAAAAGACGAAGGAAAAACACCAGGAACAACACAACAUUCCCUUUCCAUGUUUAUUAGCUGGAGGUUUAUUAACAUAUAAAUCUCCUGCCGCCUCACCAAUUAGUAGUAAUUCUCACAGGUCACUGGAUGUUUCAAGCAGAACUCAGGGUGAAAGCAUAUCAGAGCCAGGGUCGACUGACAAUGAAUCCUGCACAAACUCAGAACUGGACUCUCCUCUGGUCAGGAGGACUUUGCCUGUUUUACUUCUCUAUAGCAUUAAAGAAUCUGAUGAGAAAGCAGGAAAGAUCUUUUCACAGAUGAACAACAUUAUGAGUAAGAGCUUGCAUGACGAUGGUUUCACAGUUCCGCAGAUCAUUGAGAUGGAGCUGGAUAAUCAGGAGCAGCUGCUGCUGCAGGACCCUCCUGUGACUUACAUUCAGCAGUUUGCAGAUGCAGCAGCCAGCCUCACCUCUCCAGAUACUGAGAAGUGGAACUCUGUGUUUCCCAAGCCUGGCACUUUGGUUCAGUGCUUGAGGCUGCCAAAGUUUGCGGAGGAAGAGAACCUUUGUAUAGACUCCAUAACUCCUUGCGCUGAUGGAAUUCAUUUGUUGGUAGGACUACGGACAUGUCCCGUGGAAUCCUUGAGUGCAAUAAAUCAAGUAGAGGCCUUGAAUAAUUUAAAUAAAUUGAACUCUGCACUAUGUAAUAGACGGAAAGGUGAGCUGGAAUCAAAUCUUGCUGUAGUGAAUGGUGCAAAUAUUAGUGUAAUCCAACAUGAAUCACCAGCAGAUACACAGACUCCUUUGAUAAUUCAGCCAGAACAGAGAAGUGCUAGCGGAGGAUACUUAGUUCUUUAUAAAAUGAACUAUGCUACUCGAAUAGUGACUUUAGAAGAGGAGCCAGUAAAAAUCCAACAUAUCAAAGACCCCCAGGACACAAUUACCUCACUCAUUUUGCUUCCGCCAGAUAUUUUGGAUAAUCGAGAGGAUGACUGUGAGGAACCUCUUGAGGAAAUGCAGUUGUCCUCAAAGAAUGGAAUUGAGAGGGACAAGAAGUCUGACAUUUCUACUCUUGGACACCUGGUAAUAACCACUCAGGGAGGAUAUGUAAAAAUACUAGAUCUUUCUAACUUUGAAAUUUUGGCCAAAGUGGAACCUCCUAAAAAGGAGGGCAGUGAGGAACAGGACUCAUUUGUUUCUGUCAUUUAUUGCUCCGGCACAGACAGGCUGUGUGCAUGCACCAAAGGUGGUGAGCUUCAUUUUCUCCAAAUUGGAGGGACCUGUGAUGAUGUUGAUGAAGCUGAUAUUCUUGUGGACGGAUCUCUUUCUAAAGGGAUGGAACCAUCUUUAGAUGGUUCCAAACCUUUAUCAAAUCCUUCCAGUCCUGGCAUUUCAGGAGUCGAUUUGCUGGUGGACCAGCCAUUCACCCUGGAAAUCUUGACAUCUCUAGUUGAGCUAACCCGCUUUGAGACACUGACUCCACGCUUUUCAGCCACGGUUCCCCCGUGCUGGGUGGAGGUCCAGCAGGAGCAGCAGCAGCGGAGGCACCCUCAGCACCUGCACCAGCAGCACCAUGGAGACGCCGCGCAGCACACCCGGACCUGGAAGCUGCAGACCGACAGCAACAGCUGGGAUGAACAUGUGUUUGAAUUGGUUCUACCUAAAGCCUGUAUGGUUGGACAUGUGGACUUCAAAUUCGUCUUAAACUCAAACAUCACCAGUAUUCCACAGAUACAAGUGACACUGCUGAAAAACAAAGCCCCAGGCCUAGGGAAAGUCAGCGCUCUUAACAUUGAAGUGGAACAAAAUGGGAAACCGUCACUGGUUGAUUUGAAUGAAGAAAUGCAGCCCAUGGAUGUAGAGGAGUCACAGUGUCUUAGAUUAUGUCCAUUUUUAGAGGAUCAUAAAGAAGACAUUCUGUGUGGCCCAGUAUGGCUGGCUAGUGGCCUUGAUCUAUCAGGGCAUGCUGGGAUGUUGACAUUAACAAGCCCCAAGCUUGUUAAAGGCAUGGCAGGAGGAAAAUAUCGUUCAUUUUUAAUUCACGUCAAAGCAGUAAAUGAAAGAGGAACAGAUGAGAUUUGUAAUGGUGGCCUUCGUCCUGUUGUGAGACUUCCUUCGCUAAAACACCAGAGUAACAAGGGCUACUCGCUUGCUUCUCUCUUGGCAAAAGUUGCUGCUGGCAAGGAAAAAUCAUCUAAUGUUAAGAAUGAAAAUGCAAGUGGCACUCGUAAAUCUGAAAAUCUCCGGGGUUGUGACUUACUUCAGGAGGUAUCAGUCACCAUUCGACGAUUUAAGAAAACAUCAGUGUCUAAGGAAAGGGUUCAGCGAUGCGCCAUGUUACAGUUUUCUGAAUUUCACGAGAAGCUUCUUAACACUCUAUGCAGAAAAGGAGAUGAUAGCCAGGUCACAGAACAUGCGCAGAGCCUUGUGUUGGACACGCUCUGUUGGCUAGCGGGAGUCCAUGCAAACGGACCUGGAAGCUCAAAGGAAGGAAAUGAGAGCCUCCUGUCAAAAACACGGAAAUGUCUUUCAGACAUUGUACGGGUUUGCUUCUUUGAGGCAGGACGAAGUAUAGCCCAUAAGUGUGCCCGGUUUCUAGCAUUAUGCAUUAGUAAUGGCAAGUGUGACCCAUGUCAGCCUGGAUUUGGAUCUGUUCUAUUGAAGGCAUUACUUGAUAAUAUGUCGUUUUUACCAGCAGCAGCCACUGGAGGCUCAGUGUACUGGUACUUCGUACUGCUGAACUACGUGAAGGACGAAGACCUGGCCGGGUGCAGUACAGCUUGUGCGUCCUUGCUGACUGCAGUGUCCAGACAGCUCCAGGACAGGCUGACUCCACUGGAGGCUUUACUUCAGACCAGAUAUGGACUAUAUAGCUCACCAUUUGACCCAGUCCUUUUUGAUUUGGAGAUGAGUGGUUCUUCUUGUAAAAAUGUGUAUAACAGUAGCAUUGGUGUCCAGUCAGAUGAGAUUGACUUGUCAGAUGUCCUUUCAGGAAGUGGGAAGGUCAGUAGCUGCACAGCCGCUGAGGGCAGUUUCACGUCCCUCACUGGACUUCUGGAAGUUGAACCUCUGCACUUUUCUUGCGUGUCAACGAGUGAUGGAACCAGAAUAGAAAGGGAUGAUGCAAGUACGUUUACUGUGAGUUCCUUCGGGGUUACUCCUGCAGUAGGUGGACUUUCAUCUGGGACAGUUGGGGAAGCCUCGACAGCCCUGAGUUCAGCAGCCCAGGUAGCUUUGCAGUCUCUCUCUCAUGCAAUGGCUUCAGCCGAGCAACAGCUGCAGGUGCUGCAAGAGAAACAGCAGCAGCUUUUGAAGCUUCAGCAACAGAAGGCAAAGCUGGAAGCCAAGUUACAUCAGACAACAGCUGCGGCAGCAUCAGCAGUAGGUCCUGUUCACAACUCUGUGCCUUCCAACCCAGUGGCUGCCCCUGGGUUCUUCAUCCAUCCGUCUGAUGUUAUUCCACCAACUCCAAAAACAACACCACUUUUUAUGACUCCACCACUCACUCCACCCAAUGAAGCAGUUUCUGUUGUCAUUAAUGCCGAACUUGCCCAGCUUUUUCCAGGCUCAGUCAUUGAUCCCCCAACAGUCAAUCUUGCUGCACAUAACAAAAAUUCCAACAAGUCCAGAAUGACUCCCCUUGGUUCUGGUCUGGCCCUUGCAAUUUCUCAUGCUUCACAUUUUCUUCAACCUCCACCUCACCAGUCUAUUAUUAUAGAGCGAAUGCAUUCAGGAGCCAGGAGAUUUGUGACCCUGGAUUUUGGAAGACCGGUCCUGUUGACAGAUGUAUUGAUUCCUACUUGUGGAGACCUGGCCUCCUUAUCAAUUGACAUAUGGACAUUAGGAGAAGAGGUGGAUGGAAGGCGAUUAGUAGUGGCAACUGACAUAAGCACCCAUUCCCUAAUUCUUCAUGACUUAAUGCCUCCUCCUGUGUGCAGGUUCAUGAAGAUAACUGUCAUUGGACGUUACGGAAGUACAAAUGCUAGAGCAAAAAUUCCUUUAGGUUUUUAUUAUGGUCAUACAUAUAUUUUGCCUUGGGAAAGUGAAUUGAAGUUAAUGCAUGACCCUCUCAGGGGAGAAGGAGAGUCUUCAAACCAGCCAGAAAUCGAUCAGCAUUUAGCUAUGAUGGUUGCUCUUCAGGAGGAUAUCCAGUGUAGAUAUAACUUAGCCUGUCACCGUCUGGAAGCUCUUUUGCAAAGUAUUGAUCUUCCUCCUCUGAACAGUGCGAACAAUGCACAGUACUUUCUGAGAAAACCUGACAAGGCAGUGGAGGAGGACAGCAGAGUUUUUUCUGCUUACCAGGAUUGUGUUCAGCUGCAGCUUCAACUCAAUUUGGCUCAUCAUGCGGUUCAGAGGCUCAGAGUGGCUGUAGGCAGCAGUAGGAAGGCCUUGAGGGAGUCUUCAGAUCCUGAGGAUUUGGUUCAGAUGUCUUCCACAGAGCAGCUACGCACCAUCAUCAGAUAUUUGUUGGACACGUUGCUCAGCCUUCUCCACUCUUCCAAUGGACAUUCUGUUCCUGCAGUUUUGCAGAGCACCUUUCAUGCCCAAGCCUGUGAGGAGCUCUUCAAGCACUUGUGCGUCAGUGGGACUCCAAAGAUACGCUUACACACUGGGCUUCUCCUAGUUCAGCUGUGUGGUGCUGAAAGAUGGUGGGGUCAGUUUCUUUCCAAUGUUCUUCAGGAAUUGUACAAUUCAGAACAGCUUCUCAUCUUUCCACAAGAUAGGGUCUUCAUGUUACUUUCCUGCAUUGGUCAGCGAUCACUUAGUAAUAGUGGAGUAUUGGAAAGCUUACUUAAUCUCUUGGAUAAUUUAUUGUCACCACUUCAGCCAGAGUUAGCUGUGCACAGAAGAACAGAAGGUGUUCUAGAUAUUCCCAUGAUUAGCUGGGUGGUUAUGCUGGUGUCCAGGUUGCUGGAUUAUGUGGCAACUGUUGAAGAUGAAGUUGCAGCUGCAAAGAGACCUUUGAAUGGUAAAGACAGGGAGAGGUUUCUGACAGGUAACCAGUGGAGUUUUAUCAACAAUAAUUUGCAUACUCAGAGCUUAAAUAGAUCUUCCAAGGGCAGCAGUAGCCUUGAUAGAUUAUAUUCCAGAAAAAUCAGAAAGCAGCUUGUUCACCAUAAGCAGCAACUUAACCUACUAAAGGCUAAACAGAAGGCUUUAGUGGAACAAAUGGAAAAAGAAAAAAUUCAAAGUAACAAAGGAUCAUCAUAUAAACUCCUGGUAGAACAAGCAAAAUUAAAACAAGCUACUUCAAAGCAUUUUAAGGAUUUGAUUCGUUUGCGUCGGACAGCCGAAUGGUCCCGCUCUAGUUUAGACACUGAAGUAGCGACGACAAAAGAGAGCCCUGAAGUAGAGCCGCUUCCCUUUACUUUGGCCCACGAACGCUGCAUCUCAGUCGUCCAGAAACUUGUCCUGUUUCUCCUCUCAAUGGACUUUACGUGUCACGCAGAUCUCUUAUUAUUUGUUUGUAAGGUUCUUGCACGCAUUGCAAAUGCCACAAGGCCAACCAUUCACCUGUGUGAGAUUGUGAAUGAACCCCAGCUGGAAAGACUGCUGCUGCUUCUGGUUGGAACGGACUUUAAUAGAGGAGACAUAUCGUGGGGUGGAGCCUGGGCUCAGUACUCCUUAACCUGUAUGCUGCAGGACAUUUUGGCAGGAGAGUUGUUAGCUCCAGUAGCUGCGGAGGCAAUGGAGGAAGGCACAGUGAGUGAUGAUGCAGGUGCCACAGCUGGUGACUCUGACGACGCCCUUCAGCACUCUUCUGUUCAGUUGCUGGAAACCAUUGAUGAACCUCUAACACAUGAUGUCGCAGGUACACCUCCUCUCUCAUCUUUGGAAAAAGAUAAAGAAAUUGACCUUGAGCUACUGCAGGAUCUAAUGGAAGUUGACAUCGAUCCUUUAGAUAUAGAUUUGGAAAAGGAUCCUCUUGCAGCCAAAGUGUUUAAGCCGAUAAGUAGUACCUGGUAUGAUUAUUGGGGUGCUGAUUAUGGUACCUAUAAUUACAACCCUUACAUUGGAGGUCUGGGAAUUCCUGUGGCAAAGCCACCAGCAAACACUGAGAAGAAUGGAUCACAGACAGUCAGUGUUUCUGUGUCUCAGGCUCUAGAUGCUCGCCUGGAGGUGGGACUAGAGCAGCAAGCAGAGCUGAUGUUGAAGAUGAUGUCUACUCUGGAAGCAGACUCUAUUUUACAAGCAUUAACAAACAUAUCACCUACUUUAUCCCAAUCUCCAACUGGUACAGAUGAUUCACUUCUAGGAAGUUUACAAGCAGCAAACCAAAACAGUCAACUCAUGAUACAGUCAUCAUCUGUCCCAAUGCUUAAUGUUUGUUUCAACAAACUCUUCUCCAUGCUCCAAGUCCAUCAUGUCCAGUUGGAAUCCCUUCUCCAAUUAUGGCUCACAUUGAGCCUGAAUUCUAGUUCCUCUGGAAACAAAGAGAAUGGAGUAGACAUUUUUUUAUACAAUGCUAAUCGAAUACCUGUAAUUUCAUUAAAUCAAGCGUCGGUGGCCAGCUUUCUCUCAGUGCUGGCUUGGUGUCCCAACACUUUGCUGCGGACCUGGUGCUUGGUGCUUCAUAGUCUAACGCUGAUGACAAACAUGCAGCUUAACUCUGGUUCCAGCAGCACCAUUGGAAACCAGGAGAGUACUGCUCAUUUGUUGGUUUCAGAUCCAAACCUCGUUCAUGUGUUAGUGAAGUUUCUUUCUGGUACCAGUCCCCAUGGAACCAAUCAGCACAGCCCACAGGUUGGUCCAACAGCAACACAAGCUAUGCAAGAAUUUCUUACUCGAUUACAAGUACAUCUCUCUUCAACAUGUCCUCAGAUUUUCAGUGAAUUUUUGCUCAAGCUAAUUCAUAUACUUUCAACAGAAAGGGGUGCCUUCCAGACAGGCCAAGGACCUCUCGAUGCCCAAGUGAAACUCUUAGAAUUUACUCUGGAGCAAAACUUUGAAGUUGUCUCCGUCAGUACUAUUUCGGCUGUGAUAGAAUCCGUCACCUUCUUAGUGCACCACUAUAUCACAUGCGCAGACAAAGUCAUGUCUCGAAGUGGAUCAGAUAGCUCUGUGGGCGCUCGAGCCUGCUUUGGGGGACUGUUUGCAAACCUCAUUCGUCCAGGUGAUGCAAAGGCAGUUUGUGGUGAAAUGACAAGAGAUCAGCUCAUGUUUGAUUUGUUAAAACUUGUUAACAUUUUAGUGCAGCUGCCUCUCUCAGGCAAUGGGGAGUACAGCGCAAGAGUGUCUUUGACCACCAACACAACCGAUAGUGUUUCAGACGAAGAAAAAGUCUCAGGAGGCAAAGAUGUCAAUGGAAGCAGUACCAGUAUUCCAGGAUCUCCUGCAUAUGUUGCUGACUUAGUCUUAGCCAACCAACAGAUUAUGAGCCAGAUUUUGUCUGCUUUAGGCCUGUGUAAUAGCAGUGCCAUGGCAAUGAUAAUUGGAGCAAGUGGAUUACAUCUCACCAAACAUGAAAACUUUCAUGGUGGCUUAGAUGCCAUAUCAGUUGGUGAUGGAUUAUUUUCUAUACUUACCACACUGAGUAAGAAAGCUUCCACAGUCCACAUGAUGCUGCAGCCAAUUUUAACCUACAUGGCCUGUGGAUAUAUGGGCAGACAGGGUUCGCUUGCUACUUGCCAGUUAUCUGAACCAUUAUUGUGGUUCAUUCUGAGAGUUCUGGAUACUAGUGAUGCCUUGAAAGCCUUUCAUGACAUGGGUGGAGUUCAGCUCAUUUGCAACAAUAUGGUUACUAGCACAAGGGCUAUUGUGAAUACUGCUCGAAGUAUGGUAUCAACUAUUAUGAAGUUUCUUGAUUGUGGUCCCAACAAAGCUGUUGACAGCAGCUUGAAAACAAGAAUCCUAGCUUCUGAGCCUGACAAUUCAGAAGGGAUCCAUAACUUUGCACCGCUUGGUACCAUCACAUCUAGUAGCCCUACAGCUCAACCAGCCGAGGUGCUUCUGCAAGCCACACCGCCCCACCGCCGGGCGCGCUCCGCUGCUUGGUCUUACAUCUUCCUGCCUGAGGAGGCCUGGUGUGACCUUACCAUUCACCUUCCGGCAGCAGUGCUCCUUAAGGAGAUCCACAUCCAGCCUCACCUUGCAUCUCUUGCAACAUGCCCCUCAUCAGUUUCAGUUGAAGUCAGCGCAGAUGGGGUGAAUAUGCUUCCUUUGUCCACUCCUGUUGUCACCAGCGGUCUCACGUACAUAAAAAUCCAGCUGGUCAGGGCUGAAGUAGCUUCUGCUGUCUGCCUCCGACUGCACCGUCCUCGGGACGCCAGCACGCUAGGCCUGUCGCAGAUUAAGUUACUGGGGCUCACUGCUUUCGGCACCACUUCUUCAGCAACAGUUAACAAUCCCUUUCUUCCGUCUGAAGAUCAGGUAUCCAAAACAAGUAUCGGCUGGCUGCGGUUGCUGCAUCACUGCCUCACGCACAUAAGUGACCUGGAAGGGAUGAUGGCCAGCGCAGCAGCACCGACCGCCAAUCUGCUGCAGACGUGUGCUGCUUUACUGAUGUCGCCGUACUGUGGGAUGCACUCACCCAACAUCGAAGUUGUGCUUGUGAAGAUAGGACUGCAGUCCACUAGAAUUGGCCUGAAGCUCAUAGACAUUCUCCUGAGAAAUUGUGCGGCCUCAGGCAGUGAUCCUACAGAUUUGAAUAGCCCUUUACUCUUUGGAAGACUGAAUGGACUUUCUUCUGACUCCACAAUAGAUAUUCUUUACCAGCUUGGGACAACUCAGGAUCCUGGGACAAAAGACAGAAUCCAGGCUUUGCUAAAGUGGGUCAGUGAUUCUGCCCGAGCCGCUGCUGUGAAGAGAAGUGGCAGGCUGAGCUACCUGCGCCCAAGCCCCUCAGCAGGAGAGUACGGCCUCCUCAUGCCAUCCCCUUCUCACCUGCACUGUGUCGCAGCAAUUCUGUGGCAUAGUUAUGAACUACUUGUAGAGUAUGACUUACCAGCCUUGCUGGACCGAGAGCUCUUUGAGUUACUUUUUAAUUGGUCCAUGUCUCUUCCCUGCAACAUGGUCUUGAAGAAAGCUGUUGAUAGUCUUCUCUGUUCAAUGUGUCACAUACACCCAAAUUAUUUUUCCUUGCUUAUGGGCUGGAUGGGAAUUACCCCUCCUCCUGUGCAGUGCCACCACAGACUGUCAAUGACAGAUGAUAGCAAAAAACAGGAUCUUAGCUCAUCACUAACGGAUGACUCUAAAAAUGCACAGGCACCUCUUGCCCUCACUGAAUCACAUCUGGCAACCCUUGCUUCUUCCUCGCAGUCUCCAGAAGCUAUCAAGCAGUUGCUGGACUCAGGUUUGCCCUCGCUGCUGGUGAGGAGUCUGGCUAGCUUUUGCUUCAGCCAUAUUUCCUACUCAGAAAGCAUUGCUCAAUCUAUAGAUCUCUCCCAGGACAAACUCAGGCGGCACCAUGUUCCACAGCAUUGUAGUAAGAUGCCUAUUACAGCGGACCUGGUUGCUCCUAUUCUUAGGUUCUUGACAGAAGUCGGCAAUAGUCACAUAAUGAAAGAUUGGCUUGGUGGUUCUGAAGUCAAUCCACUGUGGACAGCACUGCUGUUUUUAUUGUGUCAUUCUGGAUCCACUUCUGGAGGGCAUCAUACAGGCGCUCAACAGACCAGCACAAGACCAGCUUCUCUUUCUUCACCUACGGCGGCAGGUUUGACUACACAGCAUCGGACAGCUAUUGAGAAUGCUACUGUUGCAUUCUUUCUGCAGUGUAUUUCAUGCCACCCUAAUAAUCAAAAGCUGAUGGCACAGGUACUCUGUGAACUAUUUCAGACAGCUCCUCAAAGAGGCAGUCUUCCAACAUCUGGUAAUAUUUCAGGGUUUGUACGAAGACUGUUCUUACAGUUGAUGCUGGAGGAUGAGAAGGUGACAAUGUUUCUUCAGUCUCCGUGUCCACUGUAUAAAGGUAGAAUUAAUGCAACUAGCCAUGUUAUUCAGCAUCCAAUGUAUGGAGCAGGCCAUAAAUUUCGCACUCUUCAUUUGCCAGUCUCAACAACAUUAUCAGAUGUUCUUGAUAGAGUUUCAGAUACUCCUAGUAUCACAGCUAAACUAAUCAGUGAGCAAAAAGAUGACAAAGAAAAGAAGAAUCAUGAAGAAAAGGAAAAAGUUAAGGCAGAAAAUGGAUUUCAGGACAAUUACAGUGUUGUGGUUGCAUCUGGGCUAAAGUCUCAGUCUAAACGUGCUGUAUCAGCCACGCCCCCUCGCCCACCCUCCAGGAGGGGGAGAACAGUCCCUGAUAAAAUCGGAAGCACUUCCUCGAGUGCAGAGACUGCUAACAAAAUAAUCACUGUCCCCGUGUUUCAUCUGUUCCACAAGCUCUUGGCAGGUCAGCCAUUGCCAGCUGAAAUGACACUUGCCCAACUCUUGACUCUUCUCUAUGACCGCAAACUUCCUCAAGGCUACCGUUCAAUAGAUCUUACUGUGAAGUUGGGAUCGAGAGUUAUCACUGACCCAAGUCUGUCAAAAACAGAUUCUUUUAAGAGACUACACCCUGAGAAAGAUCAUGGAGAGCUACUUGGUACCUGUCCAGAAGAUGAGGCGCUUACUCCAAGUGAUGAGUGUAUGGACGGAAUAUUGGAUGAAUCUUUACUUGAAACUUGUCCUAUUCAGUCACCAUUACAAGUUUUUGCAGGAAUGGGUGGACUCGCCCUUAUUGCAGAAAGACUGCCUAUGCUAUAUCCAGAAGUAAUUCAGCAGGUGAGUGCCCCAGUGGUGACGUCUACCACUCAGGAAAAGCCAAAGGAGAGUGAUCAGUUUGAAUGGGUGACCAUAGAGCAGUCAGGGGAAUUAGUGUAUGAAGCUCCGGAAACCAUCACAGCUGAGCCUCCACCUAUCAAGUCUGCAGUACAGACUAUGUCUCCCAUUCCGGCGCAUUCUUUGGCUGCUUUUGGAUUAUUUCUCCGUCUUCCGGGCUAUGCUGAAGUGCUGCUGAAAGAGAGAAAACAUGCCCAGUGCCUUCUUCGGUUGGUGUUGGGAGUGACUGAUGAUGGAGAAGGAAGCCAUAUUCUGCAGUCUCCUUCAGCCAAUGUGCUUCCAACCCUCCCUUUCCAUGUUCUUCGCAGCUUGUUCAGUGCCACACCCCUGACCACUGAUGACGGUGUGCUUCUAAGGCGCAUGGCCUUGGAAAUCGGAGCACUGCACCUAAUUCUUGUCUGUCUCUCUGCUCUGAGCCACCAUGCACCACGAGUUCCAAAUUCUAGCCUCAACCAGACAGAGCCUCAGGUGUCAAGUUCUCAUAACCCUGCGUCAACAGAAGAACAACAGCUGUAUUGGGCCAAAGGGACUGGCUUUGGCACGGGUUCUACUGCUUCCGGGUGGGACGUAGAACAAGCUCUAACUAAGCAGAGACUGGAAGAGGAACAUGUCACCUGUCUUUUGCAGGUUCUUGCAAGUUACAUAAACCCCAUGAGUGGUGUGAUAACUGGAGAAGCUCAGGCCUCACAUGAGAGUAGAGGACAGAGCAGCAGCGCCCUGCCGUCUGUGCUUCUGGAGCUGCUCAGUCAGUCCUGCCUCAUCCCAGCCAUGUCUUCUUACCUACGAAAUGACUCUGUUCUGGACAUGGCCAGACACGUGCCGCUGUACAGGGCUCUGCUGGAACUGCUUCGGGCCAUCGCCUCCUGCACAUCUAUGGUGCCAUUGCUGUUGCCUCUGUCUCCUGAGAAUGGCGAGGAAGAAGAAGAACAGUCUGAAUGCCAGACUUCUGUUGGGACAUUGUUGGCCAAAAUGAAGACCUGUGUGGACACCUACACCAACCGCUUAAGGUCUAAAAGGGAAAAUGUCAAAACGGGAGUAAAACCUGAUACAUCAGAUCCAGAACCAGAAGGCCUGACUCUUUUGGUACCAGACAUCCAAAAGACGGCUGAGAUCGUUUCUGCCGCCACCACCAGCUUGCAGCAGGCAAAUCAAGAAAAAAAACUAGGUGAAUAUGCAAAGAAGGCAACUAUGAAACCUAAACCUAUGUCAGUAUUAAAAUCCCUUGAAGAAAAAUAUGUGGCUGUCAUGAAGAAACUACAGUUUGAUACCUUUGAGAUGGUUUCUGAAGAUGAAGAUGGGAAAUUGGGUUUUAAAGUAAAUUACCAUUACAUGUCUCAGGUGAAAAAUGCAAAUGAUGCCAACAGUGCCGCCCGUGCCCGCCGCCUCGCCCAGGAAGCUGUGACCCUCUCAACCUCACUGCCUCUGUCAUCUUCCUCUAGUGUAUUUGUGCGCUGUGAUGAGGAGCGACUUGACAUCAUGAAGGUCCUGAUCACUGGGCCCGCGGACACCCCCUACGCAAAUGGCUGCUUUGAGUUUGAUGUGUAUUUUCCUCAAGAUUAUCCCAGCUCACCCCCUCUUGUGAAUCUAGAAACAACUGGUGGUCACAGUGUGAGGUUCAAUCCAAACCUUUACAAUGAUGGCAAGGUUUGCUUAAGUAUCCUCAACACAUGGCAUGGAAGACCAGAAGAGAAAUGGAAUCCUCAGACCUCAAGCUUUUUACAGGUGUUGGUGUCUAUCCAGUCUCUUAUCUUAGUAGCUGAACCUUAUUUCAAUGAACCAGGAUAUGAGCGGUCUAGAGGUACUCCCAGUGGCACUCAGAGCUCUCGAGAAUAUGAUGGAAACAUACGGCAAGCAACCGUUAAAUGGGCAAUGCUGGAACAAAUCAGAAACCCUUCACCAUGCUUCAAAGAAGUUAUACACAAACACUUCUACUUGAAAAGAAUCGAGAUCAUGGCCCAGUGUGAGGAGUGGAUUGCAGACAUCCAGCAGUACAGCAGCGACAAGCGAGUGGGGCGAACCAUGUCUCACCACGCCGCAGCUCUCAAGCGCCAUACUGCUCAGCUCCGAGAAGAGCUGCUGAAACUCCCCUGCCCUAGUGGCCUGGACCCAGACAGUGACGAUCCCUCCCAGGUGGGCAGGGCCCCGGCAGGUGCCGAGCAGACUUUGACACAUGACCAGGUCAAACCCAGCAGCGGCAAAGACCUCCCCAGCGACUUCCAAUUAUGAGCUGCAUUGAUGUGGAUUUUAUAGACACAAAGGCUUCGAAGCACAAGCCAAAUAUGUCAAUAUUUGUAUGUAAGAAACGAAUUAUGUAAUAGGUAAUGAAACGGAAACUAUACUAUGCCCUUAAGGAGAUCCAGUUUAAUUCAAGGUGAUCUUUUAUUUACCUGUACAAGAGUGUAAACUUUUUUGUGCUUUUAUUUUUCAAUUGUGAGAACCACUGAUUGGUAUGUUCAACAAAUUUGUGUAUACAAAGAAAUGGAUAAAUCACUGAUAUAUAAAGGAAACUACCUUAGGAAAGAAUGUUUACUGAAUGUUUAUCUUUUUUUUAACUGUAGAGUGAGAGGUUGAUAACAAAGAAUAUAUAUUGGUCAUUCUUACUACUAUUUAAAGUCAGCAACUUUUCACUGAAUUUGAUAGAUUUUAUGUUUGGCCAUAUCUUCAUGUUCAUAUUUGAUUUUGGAAGACCUCCUACAUACACUUCAAUAAAAGUUAAAUGCACAUAUCCCCUCUUUUUUGAUGUACUGGUACAUUUUAAAAUAAUAAAUCUGCCAUAAGAUGCAUUAUAGCUGGAGAGUUGCACUUGUAUGGAUGAAUUUAUUACAUUCAACAUUUAAUUUUACACCUUCUAAUUCUAAGAUACAGAUAAAAAUAAAUGAACAAGAUUUUAUUCUUUGCCAACAUUUGGGCCUCUGAAUGUAUCCAUUAUUUGAAUUUAAGUAUAUGAAAGCAAUGGUCAAUUUGAAAAAUUACUCUAAGCUGUUUUUUCCUAAAGGGCUCCUAUUUUUCCUGGCCUGUCUGGUUCUGUUGCUCACGUCACAUGUAUGUACCCACAGCGUGGCUCUGGAGAGGAGGAGCCUGUGCCUCUGGUGCUGUCUUAGUGCUCUGUACCUGCUGUACAGACACGUUUUCACGCCGAUUCUUCCUAGAGCCAAAUAAAGAAAAACUUAGGUGAA